GCUGCCCGCGGCCGCGGCGCUCAGAGCCGGCUCUGCAGCGCGGGGAGCGCAGCGCACCCGCCCCGUCCUGCCCGCGGAGCCCCCGGGACGGCAGCAUGACCUCGGCGGCGCUGGAGAUCCUGGGGCUGGGGCUGGGCAUCCUGGGCUGGGUGGGGGUGAUCCUGGCCUGCGGGCUGCCCAUGUGGCAGGUGUCGGCCUUCAUCGACGUGAACAUCGUGGUGGCGCAGACCAUCUGGGAAGGGCUGUGGAUGAACUGCGUGGUGCAGAGCACGGGGCAGAUGCAGUGCAAGGUGUACGACUCCAUCCUGGCGCUGCCGCCCGAGGUGCAGGCGGGCCGGGCGCUCACCGUGGUCGUGGCGCUGCUGGGGCUGGUGGCGCUGAUGGUGACCGUGGUGGGCGCGCAGUGCACCAACUGCAUCCGGCCCGGCAAGAUGAAGUCCCGCAUCGUGAUCGCCGGUGGAGCCAUCUACAUCCUCUGCGGGGUCCUGGUGCUCGUCCCGCUCUGCUGGUUCGCCAACAUCGUCAUCAGCGACUUCUACGACCCCACCGUGCCGCCGUCCAAGAAGCGGGAGAUGGGGGCCGCGCUCUACAUCGGCUGGGCGGCCACGGCCCUGCUGCUCUUCGGGGGCUGCCUCAUCUGCUGCUGCUCCUGCUCCCAGCGCGACGAGACCUCCUUCCCCGUCAAGUACUCGGCGCCGCGGCGGCCCACGUCCAACGGCGAGUACGACAAGAAGAACUACGUCUGAGCGGGGCCGCGCCGCUCCCGGCCCCGCGGGGACACGGACACACGGCCCCGCGGGGACACGGACACACGGCCCCGCGGGGACACGGACACACGGCCCCGCGGGGACACGGACACACGGCCCCGCGGGGACACGGACACACGGCCCCGCGGGGACACGGACACACGGCCCCGCGGGGACACGGACACACGGCCCCGCGGGGACACGGACACACGGCCCCGCGGGGACACGGACACACGGCCGCGGGCCGGGAGCGACAGCGCUCCCCUGCCCGGAGGCUCUUCCGAGCGGGCACCCCGUGGAGCGGCGGCCCCGGGCAGGGCAGCGCCCGGCGGGUCCGGCCGCUCCGCUGCGGGCAGCGCGUCCCCGGCCGGGGUGAGCGAGCGGCGCGGAGCCGCGGGGCAGCACCGGGACAUCCCUCCGGGCUCCGCCGCCCGCUCCCGGCCGUGCCCCGACACUCGUGAGUACUUCGCCGCCCGCUCUCGCCGCCGGUGCCUCUCGGCUGCUGGGACCGGCGUGGGGUGUGCGCUGUCGCCCAGGAGGAGAUUCCCAUCCGCGUUCUCCCUCCUGAGAGCCCGCGUCUGGCGGCUCCCGCUGCCGCUUUAACUGAGUAGGGGGGUUUGAUCUUCUGUUUGGGCAACUAAACUAGGGAUCCUGUCCAAAGCAUGUCACUAACCUUGAUCCUUAAUCCCGCUGGUUGUUUGGAGAAAGGUAUUUCACUUUCUUCAUUUGUUUCAGUCCCUCUGAGAAGUGAGUUGGUCUGUGUGCCUUUGAGACCUUGAAAGAGAUUUCAGGUGGUUGCUGUCCUUUAGUGGAGUACAAACCAGAUUAUACCAGGUUGCCCCUUGAGGUUCUUCAUCCCCUCUCCUCCACCAGCUUAUGCUCUGUUUUUACUUGAAUAUGAACUCAUUGCCAGAAUUAUCUGAGGCCUAGAUUCAGAGAUCUGGGAGAUCACUCUGUGUCCUGGCUCCAGCAGGGCCUCUGCUCCUCUCAUCUGCACUACAGGAGAUUGGAAGCAUAAAAAUUGCCCCAGAUACUGAUGGUUGGGGGUUGAUGCUUUUGUGGCCUUCUUGCCAAGCCCCGCUUGCUGCCAAUUUUGAAUUGUGUGCUCAGUUGGAUGUGCACUUGGUUGGCUCCCCACGAUGAUUUUGUUAACACGUGCUUUCCUUCAUUUACCAAAUCAAGCAAAAAAUUGCUAGAAGAAUUUUACCAAAAAUAUCUUGACUGAGACUUUAUGUCAGCUGAUCAGGAGAUGUGAAGUCCUGGCUCUCACAGCUCUCAGCUCCUGUGCCUUGCCCAGUAACACACUGCAGACUGGAAGGAAGAUACAUCGGGCAACAUAACUCUAAUUUUCUGAGCUCAACACCUGCAGAAAUUUGCCACAGCCCGGAAUACCAGCUUACACUUUUCCAUUUUACACUGCAGAGACAAGCGUUUUUUCAAGGGAGGGGUUAGAGGGAUGUGUGAAACUCCUCCACAGGAGUUACCUGUACACCAGCACAGGAUCCUGCUCCCACCCGUGGCAGCCUCUGCAUUGCCAUAAGGAGAUUUCUGCCAAGAGCCAGUGAGGAAAUGUGCUGUUUAUGUUCCUCAGAACACAACACUACAACCUCAUGGGUCCCUCAGAGUCGUGUAGCAGUACAGUGCACACCUGACCUGAGCAUUAACUCUUAUCUGAUAUCUCCAAGACUGGUGGACUGAUCAUAACUGUGGGUCUGUGACAGAUUGACAUGGACUGUGUUCCUGCCUUGCUUAGCAAACCCCGGGGGUAUCAACAUGUUCACAGACCAGAAUGAGAGACUAAAGCCUUGCCCCUGCAAAUUGUGAUGUUGAAUAUUGAGCACAUGAUUUACCCUUUUAAAGAUAACUGCUUUCAGUUUUUUAAGACAUAAAUAGCAGGGUCUGAGCCCAUCAGAGAACACAAAAGCAGAGCAAUAUGUCUACAAUUAGGUUUUUUCUAUAAAGAGGUGCAGUUCUUAUAUUGUCUGCAUUUAAAUAAAAGCUGUAAUAUUUUUGUUAUGAUGUGAUAUGUAGUUUUGGUACAAGAAUGAAAUAUUCCAUAUUUCAUCAUUUCAACUUUUUUAAACAGUGUAACCUUGUAAACCUUGUAAAAAUGUAUUUAAAUGCAUAUAUUUUGCAAGAAAUCUACCAAAGUUGGCUUGCUAUGUGGUUUGGUGCCUUUAUUUGUUUCAUGAUUAUUUUUUACUUUAAAUGAUAAUGUCCAGCUGUAUUUGUCACCCAGCCCAUAGACACACUACACCUUCACUCAGAGCUCUCUGAUGUCCAACAGAUAUCAGCCCAAAUCCUGGGCCUCGCUCUUUGGUCUCCAGUUAAAGAACUAAACCCCCCUGACAGAUGUGCCUGCACAUCUCUGUAGAGUAGAGCCUUCAGAAGUGCUGCAGAAUUUGGGGUCUGUCUGAAAGAUUAGAUCUUUCUGGACAGUGCUGCACUAGAAUUUCAAAUCAAACCAAAACUGGUGUCUGUGGUAGAGGGAGGGAAACCUACACCUUAGAAGGGAAUUUUCUUCAACAAGCCAAACUUCUUGAUACGUUUCUUUGUGUCAUGGCAGGGCUGGAUCCUCUUGUAACCAAAAUCUGAACCAAUUACACAACAGGAGCUCUUGGAAGAAGCCAGUGCUACCUGUGCAUGUGCUGCCAGACACAGCAUCAUCCUGCCACAAUAACUCACUGCUGGUGGAACAAGGUUUUGCUGAGGUCAGUGGGGCAGCACCCAACAAUACUGCAGGAAGUGGGGCCCAUCUCUGAAAAUGUUUUUAUAUUUAAUCUCAUCCUUCUUAGUUGUCGCUGUGCUUUACAAGAUAACCCAGAUGUUACUGUUACUGAUAGCACUGGCUUCCAGGUAAAAGUCAGCUGGUUUGCCCUAGGAUUUGUUUUCUAAGAGCAAAGACCUGGACCUGAACUUAAAAGCUUGGGACUGCUCAGGAUCAGGCCUGAACCUCACCCCAAUGAAAAGCCUAUAGCACUUGUUUACUAUUUUUAUUUUGUAUUUAUGUUUCUCAUAAAAAUAAAAACAUGUAAACCAA